CACUCUUUCACUCUCACACUUCACCUCCAAACACACACAAUCAAAGUCUCUUCUCUCUCACGCACAAUUCAUCACAAGCUACCGCACCAUCCAAUGGCUCUCGAAGCUCUUCAAUCACCCACCGCACACACUCCCUUCGAGGAACCCAAUCUCAGUUGCCUAGAAGCACCCUGGGCCAAGCGAAAGCGUUCAAAGCGUUCCCGCAUGGACCCACCCCACCCUUCCUGCACCGAGGAAGAGUACCUCGCUCUCUGCCUCGUCAUGCUCGCUCGCGGCGGCAACGCCGCCGCCGUCUCCGCCGUCAAACCUGCUCUCGCCGACGACAACUCCGCGCCCAAACUCAGCUACAAAUGCUCCGUAUGCAACAAGGCCUUCUCCUCUUACCAAGCACUCGGCGGACACAAGGCCAGCCACCGGAAGUUCGCUGCCGCCUCCGGCGCCGCCGAAGAUCACUCGACCUCCUCCGCGGUGACGACGAGCUCGGCGUCGAACGGCGGAGGAAGGAGCCACGAGUGCUCGAUUUGCCACAAGACGUUCCCGACGGGACAGGCCUUGGGAGGACACAAACGUUGUCACUACGAAGGCGGUGGUGGUAACAGCGCCGUAACCGCCUCGGAAGGUGUGGGGUCCACUCACACAGGGAGCCACCGCGAUUUCGAUCUUAACCUCCCGGCUUUUCCGGACUUCUCCACUAGGUUCUUCGGAGAUGACGAGGUUUCCAGUCCUCUACCGUCCAAGAAGCCUCGUCUCAAUUUGACUAUACCAAAGAUCGAAAUCCCUCAAUACUAAUUAUCCAUAGAUCCAAACAUAUUCAGUUCUUUUUUUUUUUCUUUUUUUUAAGUUAUUUGAGAUUAAUUUGUUCUUUGUAAAUAUAUAUAGUACCUGGACCUGGAUUGGACCUUGUUGGCUAGUUUCAGAAUUUAGAUUGUACCUUGACGGUGGUAAUUCAAUUCAAUUCAUUUAUUUUUAUUUGUGAAAA